AUGGCCAACCCUCUCGACACCGACGCCGGCACCGAGCUCUUCAAGCACUACGAAACCGAAUUCCAGCUUGUCCAAGCCGACCUCUCCGCGAAACUCGACCAGCUCAGUGAACUGACCGGUGAGCCGCGCAAGGCGGCGCUGGCCGCCGCCGAGCGCGCGCUCGAGGAAUCAACCGAGCUGAUCGACCAGAUGCAGAUGGAGAAACAAAACGUGCCGUCGGCGGGUAGAGCGGCCAUCAAUAAGCGGAUUAGGGAUUACAAGACGGAUGUGGAUAAUAAGAGGAGACGUCUGAGACAGCUGGCGGAUGAUAGGGCGGCGCUUUUUGGGGGACGGUAUACCGAUGAUCCGAGGGGGUGGGGGCUGGGGGGAGCAGGGAUGCUGGACCGCAGCACACAGAGGCUCAAGGCAAGCCAGGCGUUGGCGGCGGAGACAGAGGCCAUCGGUGCCAGCAUGCUGGCGCAGCUCCAGCAGCAGCGUGAGGUCAUUGCUAAUACGACGAGGAUCCUCUAUGAGAGUGAGGGAUACGUCGAUCGCAGCAUAAAGAGCUUGAAGGGGAUCGCGCGUAGGAUGGCUACGAAUCGGUUGAUUACCAUCGCUAUCAUCACCGUGCUGGUGCUGUUGAUUAUUGCGGUUAUUUUCAGCAAGUUCCGGUAA